GGAUUGAAUGUCUUCCUAACUUACAGUUACGUGCUCAGUCGGGUGCUAUGAACCUAUCGAUUAGUCAAGACAUUUUACGGUCAGAAAAUCAUUUCAAUGUUUUAAAAAUGAAACAUUUCCUGCAACUAUUUCUUUCUGCUCUUUUGAAAGAAGUUUACCGGAAUGUUGCGUGUCUACUCCCGUCCAAGCUCGAAAUGGGCCGCGUUUAGAGCUUGACAAUCCAUUGGACCUUUCUUCAUCUGCUGUUUUGACCGACGUUGAAAAGCAGCCGAUUGAUCUAUCAACACGAGCGAAAGCUAGCAUUGAGUCAACUGCUGAAGCAAUAGAUCUUGCACUUCCUAGAACACUAGAGCAGACAAUUUCACCAGUCAUUCCAUUGGACUUGCGAACCACAAACAUCAGCCAACUUGAAAAUCAGGACGAGCUUGUUUCAUCUGAACAGGCAUCUGUGAUAAAGACCGAAGAGAGCAGCUUGAAAUCCACCAAAUCUAGUUCCUCUCCAAUCAUUGUUUCAUCACCUCCGAAUGCGCAGUCAUUGCCAUUUCAGCUAGCUGAGAAAACGUUCCGCGGAAACGUCAGCCAAGCAUUUUGGCCACGAGAGAUUAUAGAACCGAUCCCCAGUUGUUCGCCUCCAAAAAGAGCAAAAUAUUCACCAGGGAUAUCGUCGAGACUGAGUGAUAUGCCUAAAUCUGGAACAGGAUUAACACCUCAAGAAGCUGAUCAAGGCAUGGACUUUAUAGAUGAAUUUCAUUCUGAAGAUGCUAUUGAUGAUGUCGAAGGUGAUCCCACUCUCUUGAACGAUUUAUCUAUAUAUGAAUAUUUUGAAGAAUGUCAAUAUCAACAAACUGAUGACUCGUCGUAUUCUCCGGAUGAUUCGGACACCAAAGCAAAGCGACCAUCGUGGCGGCGAAAACGUAAGAACGAGCGUAAGAACACAAAACUAGCCAAAAAUUCAACGUCUGUAUCGAUCGACGAUCUGGUACAUGGCGAAUCAACAACUGACACAAAUAAAGGCAGUAAACAAUUGUGGAACUUUUCGGGUGCGGAAGCUCUUGAUUUGGAAUGUCACGAAGUUCAGGAAAAGAAAGUCAAUAUUCGCAAGCGCAAUAAACUUUUCAAAGAGAGAGGGCUCAUUUACACUCAUUCCGACGGAACAGUUGUUCCAGCCAGAGUAGUAAAGCCGGCUUGUGAUUGUAAGCUGAAAUGCCAAGAGAAAUAUCCAGACUCCGUCCGCAAGCAGCUGCUAGCCAAUUUACUGCGGCUAAAACUCUCGGGCCAGAACCAGUUUCUAUCUGCGCAUAUGAAAGUUACCAGAACUGCUCGUACAAAAGUCGUCAACUCUCGUCGCCAGUAUUCCCGCCUCUAUCGACUGCCAGAAAUGGACGGUUCGGUGCGAGUGUGCAAAAAAUUGUUUUUGAGCACCUUCGAUAUUAGCGAUCGAAAGCUCCGAACUUUGGCAUCGAAAAAGAUCACUGGAGCCGGAAUCGCCGAAGAUGAUCGCCGCGAGUUUAACACAAGCCAUCGAAGUAUUAGCAAUGAGCAUCGAAAGCUAAUUGAAAAUCACAUCAACAGUUUCCCAGCAUAUUCGAGUCAUUAUACUCGGGAUAAGUCUAGCCGACGGUAUCUUGCGAGUGAUUUAAAUGUCGCCAAAAUGUAUCAAAUGUAUCGAGAUAAGUGCUUAACCGACAAUGCUUGGAUUCCGGUCCACUAUCAUACGUAUAGACUGAUAUUCAACGGAAUGAAUCUAGGAUUCCGCAAACCAAAAUUGGACACGUGUGGUAUGUGUGACCAAUACCGUAUCCAGAUUAAGCUGUCGAAGAAUGAAGAUGAAAAGUACCUGACUGCAGAGCAUGAAGCCCAUCUUGCGUCUGCUAAGAUGGUGUAUGACGAGAAAAUUAUACACUUAUAA